AUGGAAUCAGCAAUUAACAAUUAUCCCGUUUUAAAUAAAUACAAAUUAAGGACUGAAUUGGAAAUUGUUUAUAGAAGAUCCGAUUUUAAAGAACUUUCUGGAGCAGUUCACUUACUUAAAUUUUUUAUUGAAAAUAAUUUGCAAGAAGAUUUUUCUGAAAUUAAUUUAAUUCUUCAAGUACUUGUUACGAUGCCAAUGACAACAGCAGAAGCAGAACGAUGUUUCUCUACAUUGAAACGUAUCAAAACUUUAGUUAGAAGUACUAUGGGCAAGCAUCGACUAACUGCACUAGCCAUGUUAUCAAUUGAAAAAUAA